UAAAUAAAUAAUCGCUUAACGCUGAACUUGUCUUGUUCGUGCAAACUGCAAAACAAUCGAGUUCGAGUCCCAUUCUGAAAAUGUCUCAAAGAAUCGGAACAAAGCUAUUUGUCAACAGGUUAUCAUUUCACACUACAAAACAAAGGUUCGAAUCCUUGUUCUCACCAUUCGGAGAAAUUACAGAAGCUACACUUAUAAUUGACCCAAAUACUCAAAGGCCUAAAGGUUUUGGUUUUGUUUCUUACAAAUCUGAAAUUCAAGCUGAAAAAGCUAUCAAAGCAUUGAAUGGAAGGAUAGUUGAUGGAAGGAUUAUUUUUGUUGAACCUGCAAAACCGAAGGACUCGUGAUAUGUGAUUUUUAUCCAUGCUCAAAUCUUGUGUAUUUCUGAUCAUUUAUUGAGAUGUCAAGUUACACUUGAUCAAAGCACAUCAGCUGUAUGUUAUUGCUUAAAGCUCCAUUGUUUUAUUCUUCAGCUUAUCUAAUUGUGGACAUCAUGUUUUACAAAUACAUGAGUAUCCAUUUUGGAAAUUACGAUGCAAGAGAUUUGCAAUAAUUCAUUGUAGAUAGUUUAAAAGUUGAAAUUGUAGGGUUUUUUUUACUUUUUUGUACUGCAAGAUGGCAUGAUUGUUAACUUACAAGUUAACUGGCUAUGUUUCUACAUGAGAAAAUUAGGCCAACUUAACAGAGUCUUGUUUGUGACUAAUUAAUCUUUUGUGGAACUCGAGUGAAGUCUUUCAAUUUUUAAAGGGAGUGACUUUCCGCACCUCCAUAUUUUCUACUACGCCUUAAUUCUCUGCAAGUUUUCUUCUGAAUGUGAAAUUUCUUUAUAUCCAUUUUUCUGUCCAUGUAUAUUUUGGGACAAUAUUACCCAUCCAAUAACAAACUUUUCGAAAAUUGAAGUAUAGUGGAAAAAACAGAGGUGCAGAGAGUCUCUUCCAUUUUAAAUUCAACCUUAAUCACAA